AUGGACAUGAACGAGAGCGGCGAGAAAGGGAUGGAGGGCAACGCGUCCUCCGGCGCCGCCGGCAUCCCGGUGGAGUGGGAGACCCAAUUCAGCGCCGCCGCCUUCUCGUGCGCGCCGCCGCAGCAGCAGCCGCAGCAGGUUCCCAUGAUGGACUCCGCCUUCGCGUCCGCCGGCCUGUGGGCGUCCACCUCCCAGGCCAUGGCGCUCUCCGACGUCGGCGCCAUGUCGGCCGCGCGGGGCGGUGGCGGCUUCUUGGCGCCGGUCCCCGGUUUCCUCCCCCAGGGCCUCGGCCAUUUCCCCGUGGACUCCGGCUUCAUCGAGCGCGCCGCGCGGGCGUCCUGCUUCGGCGGCGGCGGUGGCGGGGUGAUGGCCGCUACCGCUGGCUACGGCGCAGCUGAUCAUCAGCCCAUGAACAACGCGUUCAGUGGCUCCUCGGAGGCGCUGUUGGAUCACCAGAGGAAGGACGGCAACGACAAGGGCGAGCCGGAGCUCGGCCGGAACGGGCACGACGGGGUGCUGAGCUCGGAGGCUGCUGGUGGGGACUGCUCGUCCAAGGGGACGUCGGACUCCAAGAAGAGGAGAAGGCCUAACGAGGUGAUGGGAGGCGAUCAGGUUCAGUCGGCCAACCUGCCCGCCGACUCAGCAAACGAGAGCGUGCACAGCAAGGACAAAGGCGAGGAGAGCAGCCCGGCAACAACCACCGGACCCGGCAAGUCGAAAGGGAAGGGAGCGAAAGAGACCUCCGAGUCCCAGAAGGAAGACUACAUUCAUGUCCGAGCACGGCGCGGACAGGCAACCAACAACCACAGCCUAGCAGAAAGGUUAAGGAGGGAGAAGAUUAGCGAGAGGAUGAAGCUUCUGCAGGACCUUGUUCCUGGCUGCAGCAAAGUCACUGGGAAGGCAGUAAUGCUUGACGAGAUCAUCAACUAUGUUCAGUCCCUGCAAAGACAAGUUGAGUUCUUAUCGAUGAAGCUCGCAACAGUAAACCCAAGGCUUGACCUCAAUAUAGAAGGGCUUCUAUCGAAAGAUCUUCUUCGCUUCCCUGGUGUUCCUUCGUCGUCCCUCGGAUUUUCCCCAGAAAUGAUGCACCCACAACUACAGCUAUCGCAACCAGGCCUGAUUCAGGGGGGCGCUGCUGGCAUGGCCAACCCAGACGUAUUCAGGAGAAUCAUGCAGGCACAAUUAAGUGCAAAAGAAGGGUCUCAGAUGCCCCACGCAUUGAAUGGGUCAUUCAGUGACGUUGUGCAGAUGGCGUACCCGUCCCUGGGGUCCCAGGACUUGAGCAUCAGGCCGUCGCAGGACGGGUUUCAAAUGUGA